AACUAAAGAGAUUCACUUCAGUCUACCGCCAUUAAGGAGCACAUCUUUAGGAGAUUUAGCAGAAGACAAUCCAUACGACUCGGAUUUUGGGACGGAUUCUCUCUUGCUACCUCCCGUCGGACAUAGUUAUCGAUCCAAUUCAUUCAGUUGUUAUGGUCUUGGGGUGAUAGAACCAGCACUAUAUAAAAGCACUUUGGAUUUAGAUGAAAUCCAGUGGCCAGAAGGACAUAUUGGCAGAUUAUGGUUCUCUUUACGGUAUGAACCGUCAACCGAGAAACUCUUAGUGUCUCUUCUGAAAGCAAAAAAUCUACCAUCGAGGACAGUGGGAACUGUAAAUAGCUGUGAUCCUUUUGUUCGAUUGCAUCUGAUGCCAGACGAAAGAAGGUAUCUUCAGUCGAAGCAGAAAAAGAAAACAUGUAAUCCAUACUUCGAUGAAACCCUUGUUUUCCAGGUGUCAGCUAAAGACAUGUCGGAUCACACUCUCAAAUUGACGGUGAUAGACGGAGGUCGGACGAAAAAACGAAGUGAGAUCGGGCACGUCACAUACCCUCUUAAGGAUUUGGAAAUUGGAGACGGCACGGAACAACAACUCUUCAAGAUGGAUCUGGAGAAGGAACCCCAAGAAAUAAGGUCAGAUUUAGGAGAACUCCUAGUCUCUUUGGUCUACAAUGAGAAUCUCAGUAGGCUGACAGCUACAGUUAUAGAAGCCCGAAGGCUCAAGGAACCCCAAGAAAUAAGGUCAGAUUUAGGAGAACUCCUAGUCUCUUUGGUCUACAAUGAGAAUCUUAGUAGGCUGACAGCUACAGUUAUAGAAGCCCGAAGGCUCAAG